GGAGGCUGAGCAGGAGGCGGAGGGAGCGGGAAAGGCUCCUUGCGCCUAUAAGGAGUUCUCCGGCUCCAGUCUUGCUGAAUUCCAAAAAGCAGCUCCCGGAGGUGGAUUGGCGAACCCGGCUGGCCCUUUGGCGCUUUCUUUGGCGGAGGCUUCGGCGAGAGAGGCGCCUUCUCUCGCCGCCUCGCUUCGGUCUUUUCCAACAGGCUCUGGAUGUCGGAUGGGAGUAAAUGAGCCAAGGCAAGGAAACCGAGCCGCGGUUUAAAAUUGGAGAUUAAGGGAGGCAAAGCACAGCCCGGGGCAAUGGAGCCCGGGGCCCAACUCUUCAGCGCGGUGACUUUGCUGCUGCUCAGCGGCUGGCGUUUCGGCUUCGCGGCUUCCAUCUAUAAUUGUGAAGAGCCACUGAUACUGUCAUUACCUGCAUCCGCUUUUGAAAGUUCAUCCAAACUCUCCAAUAACCACAGCCCCAGCUUUGCGAAACUCAUCAGACGGGACGGAGCUGGUGGCUGGUCCCCUUUGGAUUCCAGUAAGGAGCAAUGGCUCCAAAUUGAUUUGGGAGACAGAGUAGAGAUUACAGGCAUUGCUACUCAGGGAAGAUAUGGAAGCUCAGACUGGACCACAAGCUACAGUCUAAUGUUCAGUGAUACUGGUCGCAACUGGAAGCAGUACAGACAGGAGGACGUCAUCUGGGUUUUCCAAGGCAAUGUCAAUGCUGACAGUGUGGUCCAGCACAAAUUCCUUCACUCUGUUAAAGCUCGCUUUGUACGCUUUGUGCCUGUGACAUGGAACCCGAAUGGAGAUAUUGGUCUGAGGGUUGAAGCUUUUGGAUGCUCGUACAAAUCUGAUGUUGCAGAUUUUGAUGGGAGGAGCUCCCUUCUCUACAGAUUCAAUCAAAAGCUGAUGAGCACCUUCAAAGACGUGGUUUCCCUGAAGUUCAAGAGCAUGCAGGGAGAUGGGGUUCUGUUUCAUGGUGAAGGGCAGCAUGGAGAUUACAUUACCCUGGAGCUGCAAAAUGGGAAGCUUUCCUUGCACAUCAACCUGGGAGAUGCCAAGCUUCGUUUUGGCAACAGCCAUACCUCAGUCACCUUGGGCAGCCUCCUGGAUGACCAACACUGGCACUCCGUUCUCAUUGAGCGAUUCAAUAAGCAAGUGAAUUUCACAGUGGACAAGCACAUGCAACAUUUCCGGACUAAGGGAGAUUCUGAUGAUUUGAAUAUCGAUUAUGAGCUCAGUUUUGGAGGAAUUCCAGUCCCAGGAAAACCAGGAACCUUCCUGAAGAAAAAUUUCCAUGGUUGUAUUGAGAACCUAUAUUACAACGGAGUCAAUAUCAUUGACCUAGCCAAAAGACGGAAACCACAGAUCCACACAGUGGGGAAUGUGACAUUUUCCUGUUCAGAACCGCCAAUCACUCCCAUCACUUUUGAGAGCUCCAAUAGCAGUUACUUACUGUUACCCGGCACUCCUCAGAUUGAUGGUUUAUCUGUCAGCUUCCAGUUCAGAACAUGGAACAAGGAUGGACUCCUUCUGUCUACUGAAUUGUCAGAAAAUUCUGGCUCACUCUUGUUGUAUCUCCACCAUGGCAGACUGAUCCUCAACAUCCAAAAAGGAACAGAGAGAUACGUGGGCGUCAGUGCAGGCAACAAUCUAUAUGAUGGCCUGUGGCACUCGGUUAACAUCAAUGCCAGAAGACAUCGCAUCACCUUAACUCUUGAUAACGAUGUAGCAUCGGCUGUUCAUGCUACCACCGUUUCACAGAUUUAUUCAGGGCACAGCUAUUAUUUUGGAGGGUGCCCUGACAAUUUUACCGAUUCAAAAUGUUUAAAUCCCAUUAUGGCUUUUCAAGGUUGCAUGAGGCUCAUCUUUAUUGAUAACCAGCCCAAGGACCUUACUUUAGUUCAGCAAGGCUCCCUGGGGAAUUACAGUGAUUUGCGCAUUGAUAUCUGUGGCAUCAAAGACAGAUGUUUACCAAACUACUGUGAACAUGGAGGAAAAUGUUCCCAAUCUUGGACAACUUUCUUCUGUGAUUGUAAUGAAACUGGUUAUACUGGAACAACCUGCCAUAACUCUAUUUAUGAGCAAUCCUGUGAAACUUAUCGGCACCAAGGAAAAACAUCUGGUUUCUUCCACAUUGACUCCGAUGCGAGUGGUCCACUUCCCCCACUUUUGGUAUAUUGCAAUAUAACAGAAGACAAGAUCUGGACAGUAGUGCAGCACAAUAACACAGAAUUGACUCAUGUCCACGGAUUUGAUCCUAGGAAGCCAUACACCAUGAACUUCAGUUACAAUAGCAGUGUGGAUCAGCUGGAAGCAAUAACAAAUAAUGCUGAAUAUUGUGAACAGGAGACAAUUUACCAUUGUAAAAAGUCACGUCUGCUGAAUUCCCCAAAUGGAAUUCCAUUUGUUUGGUGGGUUGGUCGUGCCAACGAAAAACAUCCUUACUGGGGAGGAUCAAUUCCAGGAAUCCAACAAUGUGCUUGUGGUCUAGAAGAAAGCUGUGUGGAUCUGAGAUACUUUUGUAACUGUGAUGCAGACAGAGAAGAAUGGACCAAUGAUACUGGCUUCCUUUCCUUUAAAGAACAUUUACCUGUGAACCAGAUAGUCAUCACUGAUACGAACAGACCUAAUUCUGAAGCUGCCUGGAGAAUUGGUCCUCUUCGUUGCUAUGGAGAUAGACAGUUCUGGAAUGCAGUUUCUUUCAGCACCGAAGCUUCAUACCUUCUCUUCCCCACUUUCCAUGCCGAGUUCACAGCAGACAUUUCUUUCUUCUUCAAAACAACCAAAAUGUCUGGAGUCUUUUUGGAAAAUUUGGGAAUGAAAGAUUUCAUCAGGGUUGAAAUAAGCUCUCCUAAAGACAUCACUUUCACAGUUGAUGUUGGAAAUGGCCCUGUAGAGGUUACUGUCCAAUCCCCCGUGCCCUUGAAUGACAAUCAGUGGCAUUCUGUACAUGCUGAAAGGAAUCUUAGAGAAACCUCUCUUCAAGUAGACAACUUUCCAAAGAAGACUUUAGAAGCACCUGCUGAAGGACAUUUUCGAUUGCAGCUAAACAGUCAAUUAUUUGUAGGAUCAUCUGCAUCCAAACAGAAAGGUUUUAUCGGAUGUAUUCGCUCUCUACAUCUAAAUGGACAGAAACUUGACCUUGAAGAGCGAGCCAAAGUGACUCCUGGGGUCAAACCAGGUUGUUCAGGUCAUUGCAGCAGUUAUGGUAACCUUUGCCAGAAUGGAGGGAAAUGUGUGGAAAAACCCAAUGGCUACUUAUGUGAUUGCACCAAUUCACCAUAUGAAGGACCAUUCUGCAGAGAAGAAGUCUCUGCAGUGUUUGAAGCAGACACUUCUAUUACCUACACAUUCCAGGAACCUUAUCCUGUAACUAAAAAUGCAAGUUCUACAUCUUCAGCCAUUUAUGCGGGUACAUCCAUAUCCAAGGAAAACAUCGCUUUUACUUUCCUGACAGCAAAUGCUCCAAGCCUUCUGUUUUACCUCAAUGCUUCUUCUCAUGAGUAUCUGGCUGUUAUUUUGUCCAAGAAUGGAAGCUUGCAAGUCCGAUACAGACUGAGUAAAGACAAAUCUCUUAUUUUCACAAUUGAUUCUGGAAACUUUGCUAACAGAGAACUACACAGCGUGAAGAUAAAUAGAGAUGGAAGAGAGCUGACUAUUCAGAUUGACCAGGUUCUCAAAGUCAAGCACAACUUUUCCUCCGAGGUUGAAUUCAGAGCCAUCAAAUCACUGACCUUAGGGAAAGUGACUGGUAGUCAGGGCCUGGAUCUGGAAAUCUCCAAGGCAAACUCCUUUGGAUUCAUUGGAUGCAUGUCAUCUGUGCAGUAUAACCAUAUUGCUCCAUUGAAAGCUGCCUUAAGACAUCCCAACCUAGCACCAGUGACAGUCCUGGGUUCGUUGUCUGAAUCAAACUGCAGGUCAUUGGUUGAAGUAGAUGCAAAUACAGCAACCUCAAUUUACUCUUCCUCAGAUCCAUUUGGGAAGGCUGAUGAUAAAGAACCACUCAGCAAUGCUGUCAGAAGUGAUUCAGCCUUCAUUGGAGGUGUUAUUGCAGUUGUGAUCUUCAUCAUCUUUUGCAUUGUGGCCAUUAUGAGCAGAGUCCUCUAUCGGCACAAACAGACUCAUCGGAACAGCCAGACGAAGGAAAAAGAGUAUCCAGAACACCUUGACCGUUCUUUUAAGACUGAGGUUGACUUACAGAACCCAGUGAGCGAGUGCAAACGAGAAUACUUUAUCUAAAAGACUCCCUCACUCCUUGUUACACUUUGGCAUUUCCAUGAUGAUGAUGAUGAUGAUGAUGAUGGUAGUGAUGGUGGUGAUGGUGUUUUUAAUCCAUCUGUUACUUUGGAAUUUCCCCACUCUUUGGAAAGAACUAAUAGACACAGAAGAAAUAGGCAGAACUGCACUGUUCUCCAUCCAAGGUCACCAUAGAUAACACCUAACUGCUCAAGCAACCGUGUAUUCUAACUAAGUUCGUCAUUACAUGCAUGGUUGACUAUUUAGUUUCUGGAUUUCUGAGAUGUUGCUUUCUGGACCAUUUCAUGUUGGACCUGAGUGAUAUAUACUAGAGGUAAAGUGUGCAAGCUAAUUAUAUAGCAUUACAGCUAUUGCAACAAGGUAGUGUGAAAGAACAAGAUCAAAUUAUCUCGCUAAAAAAAAUGUAUUUAAGAUGAGCCAAAUCCUUUGUCCUGCAAAUUGGCAUAAUUCUGUUUUGUGUCCGUGGUGCUCUGCUGAAUUUGCAAACUAAGGAUCUGGAACAGCCUUUUUCAUUCAUGUUGUUUUUGAUCACUUCUUUUCCUUCAAAACUGAAACAUUUGUCUAACACAAGGUCAGAGUUUGCAAGACCAUAUUUCUGAAUGGGCAGGCUGGAGAAAGCUGAGACUACUGGGAUAAAACUGUCAAGUGUUUGCCCUUCUUGCAUAACCCUCUUUAGAUUCUGGGUCAAUUUGGUUCAAGAAUCACCUGGCACUCAAAGUGGGCUUGUGAGACUAUGAGAAACAGCUUGGUUUUGUAAGAGGCGUCACUCAAUCACUCAUGUCCUCCAGGAUAGAAGAGUUUACAAGCCUGCAGUAGAGUUGGCCUAAAGAUGGAGAAGAGCAGAAACAUUUCCAUUGGGCUUGAGCACCAGCAAUGCCUCUGGCAUUCCAAAAUAAUUUGUAAGUACUCUUCAUCUGAGGGCCACCUGGUUCUUGUCCUUUGAAGGGACGCUUUGUGGCUGGGCCAGAGGACCCCUGUGAGGAGGGCCAAAGAGGCGGGAGAUGUGUCAUGUGCUCAGGGUUUCAGCAAAUCCAAAGAGGCUCAAGUGUAUCCAAUGAAUGCUUAACCUCUGCUUUGGCCUCUGAGCAUCACCUUUCCCAUUGGUUUCUUGAGGAAUUGCGCUUUCCUCCUCAUUGAGCCUUUCUGCUCUCCCUCUUGGGCAAAAUCUUCCAAAGGACCUAGAAAGGGGGCUUAAGUAGUGCUCCUCUGUACCACUUUCAAUGUAGGUGUGAGUCAGGGGUUAUGCAAUCUGCCUGCAGGCCCUUCAUGAAGCCACAUUUAAAUAGGGCCUAAGGGACUUCAGGGACACAGAAGACUAGCCCCUCUGUCAUUUGUAGCUAAAAUCACUCUCCCCUCCAUCCCCAAAACACACAUGUAAAUGUUCACUUUUUUUUCUUUCCCUAUUAAUUUUGAUCUGGAAGUUUUUUAUUUGAAAAUUGUCCUCCCUCCCUCCCUCCCUUUUAUUUUUAAUGUAGCAUCUGGAAUGGAGAGAAUUUUUUCAAAUAAGGUAUUCAGUCUAGGGAAACAGUUCCGCCACAUUUCUGAUAAUGUUUAUAGCUGAGUAAAAUCAACAUUUUUUUUCAGAAGUGGUACUUCCUAUGAUAGAAGCAACCAAAAAAUCAGGAGUGGGGGAGCUUUGUGACAUUUGCAAAAGUACCAACCUGGCAGUUUUUCCAUUUCAACAGAAUGAUUAAUGGGAAUGAUCACACACAAACAGACACACACAGAGAGAGAAUUCCCAUAUUAUGUUGUAGCAAUGUUUUGAUUAAGUCAGUGCAAUUUUGCUAUAAUGAAUGUUGCCACUACUUUCAGCAAUGAUUGUGGUAGGGAUUCUGGCUUGUGGAGGCUAUGGAUUUCCUGUCCCAAUUUAAAGCCUUUGUUAUAAUGUCUCUAUUAUAAACCACCCAUUUGAAAAAGGAAAAAAAAAAAGCAUGCACACAUACAGACACAUCCAUUAAAAUUUUCCAACAGCCUUCUCCACUUUUAUGGAAGAAAACAUAGUCCUAUGGAAAGGAGGAUCCCUUCUUCCCCCACUCCUCCCCCCACACACACACACACAUUAUAGGGAAAAGACUAUUCAAUCAAAAGUCCGUCUCAUAAAGUUAGAUGCAAUCAAUAAUUUUUACUGGAUCACGAAGCAAUAGCCGAGGCAGAGGCAUUAGCUCCUUCAAUUCACAGGCACUUUAGCAGCUUCUUAGGUAUUAGGACAUUGUGUAAUCUCUCACAUGAAUAAAUGGCUUAGUGAUGUUGCUAAGAAAUGACACUUGAACUUAAUUUGCAUGCAAAAGAUUGAAGGUGGUGGCACCAAGCACUAGAUAUGUAAAUAUAAACAAAAACCCCACGUUUUAAAUGCCAAGGCUUCCCCCUGCAAAUACGCUAUGAAAAAAAAUGUGAAUUUCCUAAAGAACACAUUUUUAUCAGAACCAUCCUGUCUCUUUUGAAUAACAUGUAACUUAAUUUCCAAGAUGAGAUCCACACAUUUUAAAAUUGCUAAGGUUGAGAAAUACUAUUCUAGAUCAGUAUCUAGAUUCAUUUUUGGUUCAUAUUUAUAUCCAUUUCAUUUUGAAUAUUCUAUCAAGGACUGACUGAGUAACUGACUGACUGACUGACUGACUGACUGAUUGACUUUAUUUAAAGUUUUAUGCCUCCCAUCUCCUCUACAAAAUGUCUCUGGCUGGUUUAUGCUCCCUGAUGCCAGAGAUUUUCAUUUCAUUUUAUUAAAUUUGUAUACCGCCCUACUCCCGAAGGACUCAGGGCGGUGAACAGCCAUAAAUAAAACAUAUAGAUACAAAAUUUAAAAUAGAAAUAAAACUAAUUAAAUAAAUUUGGCUGAGACAUUUUAAAACCCCAAUAAAUUAAAACCAAAUUUAAAAUUCCAUUUAAAAAGAGGAAAAGUUUAGGUCGGGCCAGCUUGAUGGAAUAAAAACGUCUUAAGCGCGCGACGGAAGGUACGCAGAUCCAGAAUCCUCCGUAUCUCCGGGGGGAGCUCGUUCCAGAUCGUAUUCCAGAUUUGCUAUUAUUUUUCAGCCAGGAAUUAUCUUUGGCCUGAGAAUGAAUUGAUCCGGGACGAAUAUUAACUUAAGUUUAAUUAUACUAACAGUUUUGAGUGAGACUGUUAGUACAAUUCUUUUCAGUAUAUUUAAUGGUUUUUGCUGGUAUAUUAGAAAUUACAGUUGGACCCUAAAUUUGGCGGACUUGAGAGAUCUCGCUUGGAGACUCUGGAAAGCCACAUCAACCCUUGAUUUUCAGAUUGUACAUCUCCAAUGUAAGAUGAGAAUGCAAUCAGACUUUGUGUGCUGCACUGUAUGUGUCUGGGCUGCUGAUGUGUCUAUUUUGGCAAAGAAAUACAUGUUUAUUCCUGAUAUCCCAUAUAGUCCUCCGUCCCUCUCAUCUGUGCAAUACCUGCAUCAUUAUAGUACAGGACUUUGUACAAAAAUAUCAAAUUUUGUUUCAUUUAGUUCUGGUUUUUUUCUCUUUGUUUGCUUCCCAACCCCACCCAAGACAGAUUAUGAAGCAGAAAUUAUGCUUUCAGGUGAAAUUUGCUUGUUUGUCUGUCUGUCUGUCUGAUUGAUUGAUUGAUUGAUUGAUUGAUUGAGUUCUAUAGCUGCCCAUCUCAGCAAACAACUCUGGGCAUCUCACAAUUCAGAAAAUAAUUGAUAAUAAUUCUUUCCCCAAAGUACAGAAAUUCUGUAAUUUAGUGGACUGUAGUGAUAAUAAUAGCAAAAAUGUCAUAGAUGAUUCUUUGGCCAUUCUCAAACAUUCAUGGUCAUCAACAUUUACACUUCCCUGAGUUCCCUGAGUUCCGUAAAGUGAUUCUUCCAUUGGGCUCAUUAAAUUUAAGAAAUGAAGCAGCCAGGGAGGCUGCAAUACAAUGGGAAAAUAUGUGAUAGAAGGGAAGACAAAAGGGAAAAACUGUCUUCAGCUACCUCCUCAGUGAUAGGUUAUUCCUAGUUCGGCCUAGUUCGGGGGAACUGGUAGUGAUGGCAGUGGGAGGCUUCGCCCAUCCACCCAGACAUCAUCAAAAAUGCUCUGCGCAUGUGUAGAAGCGCCAUGCGCGCACUCACUUUGCGAGCGCGAGCGCCCACAUGCUAUCGAUAGCAAACUGGUAAUGCUGGGAUUUGAAACCCACUACUGUACCUCCCGUGUUAAGUAACCUUAGCUCAUGGCAGGAAAAGACAAUUAUAUUCCGUGAGUCAAAGCAUAGAUAACUCAUGACUAAUAUAGUGUCGUGCAUUGGUGCACUGUAUCACCUGCUUUUCUUGGGUGAAGAUCUGGUAUAGAACUGGAAUUUAAAACAUUUCCCAUCCUAUCUUGACAUGUGAUCCAGGAAGAUAUAGAGAAUCUCUUCUCUGAAGAUAGAUAUAUAUAAUCUUUGAGUUUGUUGUCUUGCUAGUGAAAUUGCUCACUGCUAUUACUGAAUCCCUCUACCUAGAAAGAGGAUCUCUCAUCCAGCUCUCAACUGCAGUUUGAUGCUUUAGGAUGAAGAAAUCUUUCUCUUUCUAGGUUGUUGUUUCAUUUUGGGUGAUAUCAGCAGCAUUUCAGCCUGUAAUUUACCAUCCUUGCUUGAGUAACCCAAUCAAACAAGCCUCACCUGAAUAACCUGUCUUAAUACUGCCUCCUUUUUUUUAAAAUUGUCUUUAAAACUUAAUUCUGCUUCUUGCUGAAUUCCACUCAUAGGAACCUAGACCAGGGAUGAGCAAUUAAUUUUCCCAAGGGGCCACAUGAGAAACUGGGACUGGGCCACUACAGACCUGCCCUCUGCUAUGGCCUCACCCUUAUCAAGGCUGUGCCCCCUGCUGCCAUGAUCCCUCCCCCACUACCAAUACUGCAGGCUGCACAGAGACAGCCAAAGAGCCAAAUACGGUCAUGCCCAGGUCUGCUCCUAGGCUACCUGUGCAGAACCUGUGGCUCCCAGGUGUUGCUAUAUUAUAAUUAACCCUGGCUAAGAAUGGAGAAUUCUAUGAGUAGUUAUUCAACUUUAUAUCUUAUCUCAUUUUGCCAAGCUUCUUACGUUGUCUUUUAAAGCAAAACAGCAAAUUUGUCCAAUCUUGGCCCAACCAUUCUACUGAUUAUAUCUAAGGGGUAAACAGCAAGAAUUUCCUUUUAUCUCAAAAGUUUUUAAAAAUGUAUUUCCUACUUGCCAUGGGCAUUUGUAUGUACAGGUAGUCCUCGACCAUAAUGAGCCCAAACUUUCCAUUGCUAAGUGAGACAUUUGUUAAGUGAGUUUUAGCCCAUUUUACAAGCUUUCUUGCCACAGUUUUUAAGUGAGUCGCUGCAGUUGUUAAGUUAGUAACACAGUUGUUAAGUGAAUCUGGCUUUCUGAUUGACUUUGCUUGUCAGAAGGUCACAAAAAGUAAUCCAGCACACUGCCACUUGUCAUAAAUAUGAACCAUUGCCAAGUGUCUGAAUUUUGAUCAUGUGACCAAGGGGAUGCUGCAAUCGUCGUCUGAAAAAUGGUCAGAAGUCACUUUUUUUCAGUGCCACUGUAAUUUCAUACACUCACUAAAUCGGGGUGUUAAACUUGAAGUAUCACAUUGUCGUCACGUGACGUAUUGUGACUCCCCCCCCCCCCCCCUUGCUAAAAUGAGUGGACAUGGCUAGCACAUGAUGCAUCCAGCCCAUGGGCCACGAAUUUGACACCCCUGCACUAAAUGAACUGUUGUAAAUUGAGGACUACCUAUAUGGGGUUGUUGUUGCAGGUGGUGGUGGGAAUGUGGCAAGCAGAACAAAUUAUGAACACAUCUGAACACAAAUUUCACCCUCUUUUCACUUGCAAAGAAAAUUGCAUGCAAGCAGAUAAGAGGUGGAGUUUGUGUUAUGGCAUCAUCAUACAUCCUAACUUUCUUUAAUGUAUUUUCUAAGUGAAAGUCUAGCAAACAGUGAUAAGAUGCAAAUGUGUAUCACUUUCACACUCAGCCCUUGGGAUAGGCCAUUCAUCAGCUGACUCCGUGUAUCUAGAUAACAAAAAUGACAUUAUGUGGCCAGAAUAUUCAAGGCAUUGAGAAAGCUCUGAGUGAAUUAUACCUUUUUUCUGGUGUACAAAUUCCUUGAUUUUGACUUCAGGACAUUCGUAGAGUGCAUCUAGGCAGAACGAGAUUUUUUCUUCUAAAGCUUACCAACAUGAAACUAAGUGAUAAGCUUAUCAGUAGAAAAACACACUUGUUACUUCACUAAUGGGUGGCUUCUUCAUUCUGAGAUAUUUUUCUUUGAGCAGCACAUUCAUUGUGAGCUUUGGUAUUUUAUAGAAAGCAAAAUCCCAAGAUCUGAAAUAACUGCUAAUGUUUUUAUUAUAAAGAGCUAAGCAAAAAAAGAAUAGUUAUUUUCCUGAAUGCAGAGAUUGGUCUUAUAAUUCAUACAAUGAUUGUUAAUCAGAUGUUGUAGGCUAUUGUUAAACAAUCCAAUGAGAAACUUGGAAAUGUAGAUAAUGUGGUACAAAGGUAAAAGCCAGGCUCUGCAGGUUGUUGGUGAUUAACCUCUCUUGAAUUUUAAUUGUAUCACAUGACUUUUUUAAAAAAAAAUUUCAAAACCUUUGUGGAUUCAAUCUACCUAGCCCCUGAUGGUCUGAUGGCUAGGUUACAUAAUAUAUUAUCCAAGAUCAGGUUUUGUGGUUGGUCAGUUCUCUUCAACCCAUUUCAGAGUCUUUUGGAAUUUUCCAGAAUUGCUGCUUGAUCUAUCCUGAUAAGCCCCCCACCCUGCCCCAGUUCAACAAAUGACUCUGGGUAGCAAAUAAUCUUUAAAAACAAUCCCAAUCAUCAACAAUAGGAAGUUAUUGAUUUACAACCAAAAUUGGAACCAAAAUUUCCAUUGCUAACAAGGCAGUUGUUAGGUGAAUCACACCGAAUUUUACAACCAUUUUGCCCCAGAUGUUAAGCGUAUCACUGGAGUCGAUAUGUGAAUCAUGCCAUUGUUAAAGUGACUCCAGCUUUCCCCAUUGACUAAGGUCACAUUUCUCUCCCUCUGUUGUUCCACAGUAACAAAUAUCCAUUUAAACAGAAAAUUUUCAGAAGUUUCCCAAAAGCCAGGAUAAAAAAAAAAAAAAUCAAAACUUGCAUCCAUAGUGAAGGUAUUCCAUACAGUUGAUGCUAUCACCCAAAAGAUUUGUCUUCUUGCCCUCCCUCAUUUCACAUGGGAGCAGCAACUUGAGCAGGGUCUCUUUUGAUCUAAUGAGAAAACUGUGACAUUUUGAACAUGGCAGUUCCUAAGAUAUCCUGGUGCUAUACCAUAUAGAGCAGUGGUUCUCAACCUUCCUAAUGCCGUGACCCUUUAAUACAGUUCCUCAUGUUGUAGUGACCCCCAACCAUAAAAUUAUUCCUAAAACCAUUGAAAAUAUGUGCUUUCUGAUGGUCUUAGGUAACCCCUGUGAAAGGGUCAUUCGACCCCCCCCAAAGGGGUUGCGACCCACAGGUUGAGAACCACUGAUAUAGAGCUUUUAAAGUCAUCUAAGUGAGUGGUGAAAGCAGAUCUAGUGGUAAUCAAUCCCACAACUUAAUUACUUCCUUUUGCUUUAAAUCUUUUCAUUAACUCCAUUGGAUUCCCAAAAGUAUACCUAACAAAUGUAGACUUAUUUCUCUGACACCACCAUGUUAUCUGUGCAGUGAAACCCAUGAAUGAUGUCUACUGGCCCUAGAUAGAACAAAAUAGACAACCUUAGCAGUUCUGGGAUUUGCUCUGGUUUCUAAUUGCCUAUGAUUAGAAAAGCAAUUGGCCUCCUCUUCCAGGAGAAGCCAACAACCCAUCCCAAUGCCAUUGAAGCAACAUGGAGCUCAACUGUUCCUUCCCCAUCAGCACUAUGAAGCAGCCUAUCUAAAAAGUGUGCGGUAUCUUCCAUCUUUACACUUACAAGUAAACAAAUUACCAGGUGAUUUACAUGAUAUCAUAAACCCAUUUGCCUGCGAUUUUAACAAUUAAAUCACUCUCAAGUAAAAACUCUCCAUCAGCCAGAGGAGUGCCAUGGUAUGAGAAGAGAUAGAUCUAUCAUCCAACAAUUGGGAUCUCCUGUGAUGACUUCUCCUUUAACCUUAAAGUUAUGUCUUCCUCAUUCAAACUGCUUUUUCUCUAGCAGAAGACAAUUACUAUCCUGGCAGAUCUCAUCUAUCGUAUAUAUUUUCUGUCUUUGUUUAUACAGCUGCGGUUCAGCCACUGAGUUUCAAGGGAAAUGCUUCCUGAAAACCAAAAACUCAUUGUCCCUAGAACAAACCCAUAACUUAUGUCCAACAGUCAAAUGAUUGAUAUUAGACUCUGGAUCCAAUAAUCUGGAAAGCACACCCUCCCUUUCUAAUUUUCUAGUUUUAUACAACUUACUGUUUUUUACUAUUCUUUUUUAAGGAACUGUUGGACUAGAAGACUGAUUCCUAUGUUGCACUUCUAUAGAACUUGACGCACUGACUUCAUCACCCAGUAGCUAAACUCCUUUUGCUCAUCAGUCUCUAGAAAUGGACAGUCUUUUCAUCCUGCAAUCCUCCCCUCUAGAAUUCCUUCACAAACCUUCUCUUAUGCUUGUUUGCUCCCCUGUUUGCUAAUUUUGUUCAUAUGCUCCCAUCUGUUUCUCCUCUUUCCAAAAAACGCUGACAGGGUCUGCAUAAAGCUAAUGACAAUUUUCUGGAAAGAGGGCGAAAAACAGUAGAGGGAAGGUAUGUUUGCAAAUCAUUGUUUCCUCUAGACACAGAGGUAUCAAAAUGGCAGCCCACGGGCCAGAUGUGUCACGAACAGGCCACACCCACCCCUUCCCACUGCAAAGGGAAAAACAUCAGGAAACAUCAUGUGACACCGCAAGUUUGAUACCUGUGUUCCAGAGGAUAUGUAUAUAAGAUGCUUUCUAUCCAAAACUUAACUGUUUUCAACUACUUCUAUGUAUACAAUUCACUGAAUUAUACUAUCUCAUGUAACCUUCAGCAAGCACCUGAUUUUGUCCAUUUGCUUGAUAUUUAAUAACUAGGAGCUUUCCUAAUGUAAUAUGUGGCUAUGGUGAUACUUAGAAGAUGUAUUUAUAUAUUUCCAACUCCUCUUGCCCAUACAUAAAAAUAAAUAGCAUUUCUUCAGGUUAUGUUCUGAAUUAUGGCUAAUGGCAGGGGUGGAGUGAGAUAAGGGCAGAAGAAAAAGAGAGAAGCCCAAAGAAUUCCAAGUAUUAAUUAGUUCUUUUUCUUUUUAAGGACCCCACAUUUUUCCUCAUUAUUUUGACAGUUCUUUGAUCAGGUCAUUUUAUUUUAUAUGAUUUCACUAACAGGGAACCAUUCAUUCGUGGCUCAUUUAAUUGCAUUCUGAAAAGAGGAAGGAGAAAGAAGUGGAAUUCACAUUUUUAUUCCAAUAACUUUUCCUCCUAUAAAUUAUUGUGCCAUAUUUUCCCCUUAUUCAACACAGCUGUUAUAAAUCACCCGUUUGCUCUGCUGCACAUUCUUUUCUUCCCUUGAUAGAAAAGUCCAUUGAAAAUGUACCAAAUUUAGCCCCAAGCUGAAUCUCUAAUGAGAUCAAAAGAAAAGUUCAGGACAAUAAAACAGAGCUGGAUUCUGAAUCCAUGUACAUGCACACAAGCAGAAACGCACAUGCAUAUAGAUCACACAAGUAGAUAGGAAUAUACAUAUAGAACAAACACUCAGCUCACACACUUAAAUGCAUAUACAGACAUUCUAUCUUACUUCAUUGGUCAUACAGAGUUUUUCUGACAAUGAAUCUCUAGUUUUUAGCUCAGAAGUAUUGCAAGUUCUCUUCGGCAGAAAUUGGUCUACUGUCUUAAGUCUAGGGAGCUGUUUGUUUAUAUCCUGCUUUUAUUAUUUUUAUAAAAAUCUCAAGGCAGCGAAUACAUAUAGCAGGCUCUGCAGUGUUCAUUAUACAUUUGGGGGUGCGCUACAAGCAUUGUAAUGCAUGAUUAAAACACUGGGGACAGAGUUUGCCCCUGUAAUACAGCCGCAUUGAAGGAGAAUGUACAAGGGCCAAAAUAGCUUGCAAAUACUUUUUUAAUCCAAACUUUGAAUCCUUAAAUGACUUACCUUCCUGCACACACAAAUCUAACUCAAUCCUCCUUUCAGCUUCUAAGGAAGAGGGAGACUUUGCAUUCACCAAUUUACAGAUUCCAUUAAACCUUAUUGGGCUUGUGUCCUACUUUCUUAUCUUAAUUUGUUAACUACACAAUGUUGCAUUGUAUGCUGUUAAUUGGAGACUUUCUUGCAUAGGAAAGACACUAUGUGUCCUACAUAAUGCACUGUGCAUUAAAUAGAAGCACUUGGAUUUUAAGUUUAAUUAGACCCAUUGAAAUCAAUAGAAUGAAAUUGGCAUAAAUCUUAAGACCUUGCAUUUCAUUCCCAUCUCAUUAAAAGGCAUUAUAUUACUUGCUUUCUGGCUUUUAUGUAUCAUCUUGGCACUUAAUAAGCUUACACAAGCAAUCUAAAGGAUUUAGAUAGUUAAUAUGAAAUAUAUCCCAUCAGGAAGCAUUUUGAUUGUUAGUGUCACCAAAAGACUGAAAUCUGCCUUAGGCCUUUGCAGCUCUUAAUAAUAAUUUAGUCCAUUUGAAGCAUAAUGGGUUUAUUUGCAAUUUCUCAAAAAAAAGAGAACAAUAUUAUUUAAUAUAAUUUAUUGUUCUAUCCAAUCAAGUUGAAAUAUUAACAGAUUAACAGAGUUGGAAGGGACCUUAUAGGUCAUCUAAUCCAACACUCCGCUCAAGCAGAAGACCCUACACCAUUUCUGACAAAUGGCAGUCCAAUCUUUUCUUGAAAGUCUCAAGUGAUGAACUUCCGAAGGCAAGCUGUUCCAUUGGUUGAUUAUUCUCACUGUCAGAAAGUUCCUCCUCAUUUCUAGGUUGAAUCUCUCAUUGGUCAGUUUCCAUCCAUUAUUCCUUGUCUGGCCUUCAGGUGUUUUGGAAAAGAGCUUAACUCCCUCCUCUCCGUGGCAGCCCCUCAAGUAUUGGAAAACAGCUAUAAACUAUGGACUAGCCAUGCCCAGUUCAUGUAACCGUUCUUCAUACGUUUUAGUCUCCAGUCCCCUAAUCAUCCUGGUUGCUCUCCUCUGCACUUUUUCUAGAGUCUCAACAUCUUUUUUUAUAGUGUGGUAACCAAAACUGGAUGCAGUGCUCCAGGUGUGGUCUUACUUUAUAGAGUGGUAUUAGUACCUCACUUGAUCUUGAUUGUAUCCCUCUGUUAAUGCAAUUUAGGAUUGCAUUGGCUUUUUUAGCUGCAGCUGUACACUGCUGGCUCAUAUUUAGCUGAUUGUCCACUAAGACUCCAUUAUUAGCUACAAUUAUAUAGACUAUAAUAUUAGCUACAAUUAUAUACACAUUUUUUUCUGUUUUUCUAUUCUUUAAUUCUUUUUUAUCCAAAGGAAAAAUAUCCUCAAGUAAAUUUCCAUUUAAAACAAACACGUUGAUAAACUGAUGCACAAAGGCUUUUUCCCAUUGUCCUCCCUCUUUUGAAUCCAAUUUAGUUCAGUUAACAGAACUAAAGAGUCCUUCCAUCUAUUGAAGGACCCGAAAGAGUCUUUCCAUCUAUAGAAGGACAUUGUUGGAUCCAACAAUUUAUUUCAGUACACAAACACAUUAAUAUACGGAAUAAGAAUCCUUAUUCUAAGGGGGAGGCAUGGAAGCAAACAUGCCACUAUUUGAGUCAUAGCAUUUAUCCAAGUCUCAUUUUAUUAUUUGGCUUGGUUUCCAUUGCCAUUCCAGAUGAGUUCUUGGAUGCAUCAUUUUAUAACUUUUCACUAUUUUAUUAAUGCGAUAAUAAAUGCAACUUCAGUUUCUAUUUCUAAGAUGAUUUUUCAACUUGGGACUAAUAUUUGUUGUUGUUGUUGUUGUUGUUGUUGUUUGACUUCACAUCAUCCCACCAUGUUUCAAUUUGGGACUAAUAUUUUUUUUUUGUUGUUGUUGUUGUUUGACUUCACAUCACCCCACUCGCUUUCCCAGCAUGGCCAUUGAUGUGAAUAAAGAUUGUCCACUUCUGGCUUAUGACUUUGUCCUAAGAAAUUCCAUUGAUUUACCAUUCUCAGUAUAGUUAGUAGAAGAGCGUCAUGAUGGCCUAGUGAUGAAGACUCUCACCACCCACUUGGAAGAUUGAGAGUUUAUUCCUAGUGGCAGAUGUUUCUCUCCUAGGAUGCAAAGAAAAAAAUAUCUGCUGUGAACUCCAUGUGGUGUCAGGAAGGGUAUCCAGCCAGUAAAUAUUUAUCUCCAUCCAGUUGCCCUGGCUCUACCCCGAAUUAAGGGAUUGCAAAAAAGGGAGUAUAGUUAGUAAAAAUACUAGUUUAAUAAUCCUACAAAUACCAGAUUCUCUUUACACUAUAGUUAAUUGUAAUGAUACUAAAGUUAGGCUUGUUUACUUAUAUUUUUAGGUAUUUUAAUCUUGCUUUCUCCCAGUCAAACUAGCCUAACAAUAUAUAUUUGUAUAAAAUAGCAUCAAAAAUCUAAAUAUCAAUGAAUUAAACAGGCAGUAUGAUUCAUAAUUCCAAAAAUACAAUAUCCAGGCAAAAGUCUUAAAAUCAGACUUGGGAAGAAAUUCUUGAGUAUAAAAAUAAUAUGCUAAAAUAAAAUACUGAGAAUACCAAGGAAGGAACAGAUUAAACUAUUUAAGAGAGCGUCCGAUUGAUACCCAUCUUUUGAAGAGAACACAGUUUACAACAUGCAGGAAAUGUCAGGUAGGUAGGAUCCUAGACAUUUAGGCUUUUAUAUUUAAACACAUUGAAUUAAUCUGGAAGUCUUUAGGGACCCAUGAAGCUUUGCUGGAGCUGGGUCCAUGUGACACAUGCUACCACUAGGAAAUUCCCAACAAUAACAGGCUGGCAAAUUUUGGAUAUCCUGCAAUUUCCAAAUCUCUUUCAAUGAUAUCCCCAUUUAGAGGACAAUACUGUAGUGUUCAAUGCUUAUUCAGAACCAAGAGCUGUGAUCCAAAAUAGUUGGUCAUACUGAAGACUAUUGACAUCAAUGGACUCAAGAUGGAUUAUUGAUGGAAUAGUGGUCCAGAUGUUAAUUCAAAUAGUUUCUGAUUCAAGUUAUUUCUCUCUACUCUUGUUUUUGCUGAUUUCUUGGUACUUUCUUUUUGCUGAUGUUCUUUGACAAUUGUUGCUAAAUACCUUAAAGAGCUCUCAUUACAGGCUUGUACAAGUCAUAAUUGUACAAGUCAUAUGAAAUCCAAGAAAGACAUUGUUUGGUCACCUUCUUUGAUAGUUUAACUUCAAAAAUGACAGUUCACCAGGAACCAUCAAGAAGCAAUCAAACACAAUAUGUGUUUUGUUGAUUCUGCUAAUGCUGUGUGGGCUCAGAGUUGUGCAGAGUUGUGAUUUCUGGAGAAUGACGUCUAUGCUCCAUUUUUUUUUUUAUUAACAAACUUAAUGACAUACUAAGGAUAAAAUCCAAAAGAGAAAAAGCUAAAAGAAAGAGAAAUGUUCUAGAAAGUUAGUUACAAUAGUCAGUAGAGGGUGUACACAUACAUGUCUAGAGAAGACAUUUCAAAAUAAUGAAGCUACCCAAAAUCUCCCCCCAUCAGUUCUUAAAGAUGGCAUUUAAAUUAUCUAGCCUUAAAUCUGGGCAUAUCUCUAAGAGGUGGAUCCAAACACCCUUUUGUCAUCAAUCAACUACUUUUAUGCCAGAAAAAUUAAAUAAACAUGUUUUCCAUGUCUGAAAAUUGGCUUUCACUAAUGUCUACUAACGCCUUAUAUAUUGAGUAAUUGUUUCAUAAAUAUAUAUUGAUGCAGAAAGUUGAGCAGAAUGUUAAUAUUAUUUAAUGGAAGUGAAAUGAAGAGAUGUUCAGUGCAGUGAAGGUGUACAUUUUACUAUCAGUUAAUUAACAGAACAUGAGAAAUCAAUUGUUUUAUUUGGCGUGUGACUCUAGACUGAGAUGCAGGAUGUACCGCAUGGGAAGUCACCAGUUUCCCUUGAGACACCAGGCUUCAUCAACAUCUAGCCAUUUAGAGAAAAUGAACUGUCACUUCCUGUUUAAAUUCCAUUACUUUUUUAGUUCCUUUCCCCAAUUCUGUGACUUAUCAUCCAAAUAAAAUGGCAACAUUUAUUAUAAACCAGCACAGGACCACAAGGGCUGAAUAACUUCCAUCUUUUUUGUUCAUUGUGAAGAAAGUGUUGACACUGGAUGAUUUCAAACUCUUGCUAAAUGUAUUUUUUAUUAAAUAAUGUAGUAAAACUAAAUCAAAGAGGAAAACAACAACAACAAAAGAACAAGUUGGAGAAUUGCUGUAAUUUGUAUAUUAGCUGCUGGAUCUUUUGAACUGUUCUAAUUCUAAAAGGAAAAGAAAGCAAGGGUAUAUAUUUUGGAUUGCUGUUUCACCACAUGCUAGUUGGAUAAAGGGCUAUGUCAUGAAGUAAUAUGAUUAAAAUGUAAUCCUAUGAAUUCUUACAUGAUAAUGAAUCCUAGUGGAACCAAUUGCAUUUAUGGUACUAUUCUGGUGCCUUUCUGGAGGAAAAUACUGUAAGUUGUUAUUUAAUUUAAGCUCAUAAUUUAGGACAUGAAAAAUGCAGUGAAUGCAGAACCUACCUUACUCCAACCACAACAAUAGAAGGCUAUCUUGUGGCAACUGUUGGGAACCAUGCAACUGUACAAAGAAGAAAGCAUAACACAGGAACCAAUGUUUCCUUGCAUAUACACAUGUGCACGCAAAAUGCAUUUGGAAUAAUACUGUUGUGGCAAGAGUUAGAAGUUGAUGUCUGCUUUAUUUUUUUAAGAAAAUAAAAGAUGCUAUCACUUUGUUUUUAUUGAAGGAAUUGGUUGAAAUGCUUUUGGCAAUGCUUUCUUCCCCUGGAGAGAUACCCCAGGUCUACAAUGACAAGUUAAUAUCCAUAAAUGUAUUGCCAAUCUUCACAUGUUUCUUUCUCCUUCUGAAGUAAUUCUUAUUGCUAUGUGUACUGAGAGUAGAAUAUUUUUUGUGAUUUUUUCCUUUUUGGGGGGGAAGAGGGACAGUGAUUUUUUCUUUUUCAAUACUGAUCUUUCUGGAUCACAGUCUGGGAAGACAAUAUGAAAAUUCUUCUCUGUUGAGCUUACUAGAUAAGACUCAAAAUUGCAAUGCCACCUUCUCCUUCUCCUCCUCCUCCUGCUUUUUUUUCUUUUUUUCUUUUCUUUCUUUUUUCUUUUUAGUUUAGACAGGUGAGCAUACUUAGGGAAUCAGUACACAAGCAGUUUUUUUUUUUUAAUUGAUUUAUAUGCCACCCUUCUCCGGAGACUCAGGGCGGCUUACAAUGCGUUAAGCAAUAGCCUUCAUACUUUUGUAUAUUUAUACAAAGUCAGUUUAUUGCCCCCAUAAUCUAGGUCCUCAAUUUACCUACCUUAGAAAGGAUGGAAGGCUGAGUCAACCUUGAGCCUGGUGAGAUUUGAACUUGCAGUAAUUGCAGGCAGCAGAUGUAAGUGGAUGUUAAUUAGUCUGCUGAGCCACCAGAGCUCAGUGUUUAAAAAAAUUAAGUUUGGAAAUAGGCUUGUUCAUUGUCCUUUAGCAUUUUACUACUUAAAAUUCAAGUUGUUGAUACAUAUGAAUUCACUUGUGGUUUUUUUAGGGGGGAAUACUGAGAAUGGUUGGCUUUUGAUAUAGCAGGUUCUUCGUAAUUUUUGAAAAAAAGCCUAAAUGUGUGUUCAUGAUGGAAAGAUUGGGUAAAUCCAAAUUCACCCAUCUUUACUAAAAAAGAAUGUUUAUUACAGCUUCUAAAGUUAUGCAUAAUUUAUAAUUAUAUAUCAUAAUUUGUGUUGGUUUUGGCCACUGUGGUUAGCAAAUUGAAGUUAUGACUUAGCAUGUUAUAAGAACCCAGUAAAGUGGAGCUUAGCAAAUAGACCCUGAUUAAGGAAUUCAUAGCUUCCCAGUUAAAUUUAUAGCCUUGGUGUUCCUUGGUAAUCUCAAUUCUAAUCAGACUGAACCCUGGUUAACUGUCAAGCCCAAAUAAGAUCAUUUAAAGCAUUGCCACCUGUUAAGAUUUUCUCCUUCCUGUUUCCUGAUCAGUGUAUAGAUAUCCCUAUAAUGUUUAGGCUAAUGGAAUAGUUUUUCAAUUACUUGUCUAUUGAUUGAUUGAUUGAUUAGCAUAUAGAAUUGAUAUUCUGUGGUGGUUUCCCAUUCAGACAUGGUUGACCAGACCCAACCAUGUUAGUUUCUAAGCCCAGACAAAAGCAGCAGGAUGCUGUUACCUGCUGAAAUGCAAUAAGGUUUAAGAUCAUGCUGGCUAAGAAAUUCCAGGAGUUAAAAUACACGUAGCUUAAAGUUGUUAGGGUUGCAAAAUACUGAUUGGAUUUUGGUGACGUGCAAUCAGUAACAUUUGCAUUGUCACUUGUGGGUAGUAUAUUUCAUGAAUGUGUGUUACUUUGCUACAUGGGUAGUUACAGUGGGUGACCCAGAUUAUCCAACUACUGACAAACCAGAAUACCAUGCAAUUGACACAGGAUAAACAACUGUUCCAUUUCAUAAGACCAUAAACAAUUCCUUAGAAGAAAGGAGUGAGCCAUGGGUCCUAUGUGGUCCCAAUACUCUUUCUGUGGCCCUGAAAGCAUCCCGAGAGAAGGACAAGGGGGAGUGAAAGGGUAACAUGGUGCCUUAAGUUUUGCAGAGACUUAAAGCACCUAUUUUGUGCCUUGAUCUCCCUGUAAUCCCAACUCUCUCCAAAAUGGGCUGGACAUUUUUGAUCUCAUUCAUUCUGAUGGCUUCAUGAAUCACUAACCGUACCUCCUGAAGUCUUGGGGGGGGGGAAUAGAUAAAUCAAUAAAUGUUUUACUCCCAUUGACAAGAAAAUUGCUUGCCUUGCCUUGAUAUCUUCAUAAGAAAUAACCGAGGGAACUCUACAACACCAAACUAUGAAUAGAUGGGAUGGUUGUUGUUUUCUUGUAGUGUGUGUUUAUUCUUUACUUAUAGUUUGAAUGAUACAAUUAGAUAAAAUUUGGAUCAUCGUUAGAUGCCAAUUCUAGUGUUUACAUCUACUGUUACCAUGAAACCUUAUACCGUUAUUUGUGUAGUUGAGUUAAAUGGGGCUGAAGCCAGUUGUGUGGCUUGACAACAAGCACCCAUUAAUUAAUUUAGGUAUAUAUUUUCAGUCCCAAUUGAUUUUAUGCUGAAAAAUAGAGGGAUGAAUAUAUAUCUGGCAGACAUUGCUAUUAUCGGAAUGGAACAAUGUGACAUUCAAAUUUAACUGUUUGGCUCAGUUUUAUUUAUCUUUUGUUUUUCAUUGAUCUGUCUACAUAUAACAAGACCUAAUUUUUCUUUAGUAGAGAUAAAAUGUUCCAUGAUUUAAAUCAAAAUUUAUGCUUGUUCCUAAAACCAAUAUAUUGCUGACAUGCCUAAGACACAUUGAAAAUCUGCCAUAUUAUGAUACAUUGCUAGCUUCCGCUGUAUUGAACAGCCCAAGAGUGUCUUCUUCAUCUAGACCGCUUCUCGUCCCAUUUCAUUCUACAGUUGAUAUCAAAUUCCAAAUGUAGCCUCAAAUUUUGAAAAAAAAAAGUGUUUCUAAACAUGUUAUGUCUGCCAGUAAGCAACAGGUGUAAUCUAGGUCAGUAGCCCUCAUGUUGGGCAUUCUGAGAAGUUAGGGGAAAAUGUUCAACUAUCUCUCCUUUUUUUAUAUUUUCCUCUGUCAUCCAUGUUGGCCAAGAAAUAAAGUUUCCCAAGUUGUCAUUUUGCCCAACUGUAGCAGGUAGUUGGCACAUUGGACAUGAGGCACAGAAAACACAUGAAACAAUGAAUCUCUCUCUUGCUUUCUCUGUUUCCCUGAAUGUCCCUAUCCAUGCUAAAAAAGCACAUUGAAAAUCAAUUUAAUUUGCACCAUGGUCUUUUUGUUCCAGUAAAAACCAAAAACCAGGGUUCGACUAAUCCUUCCUCUAGAAUUUGCUUUCGAAGAUAGUAUCCCCUAGGAUGUAGACUCAGUUCCAAGUCAGUUUUGUAGACCAUGUAUCAUGUCUUAAUACACUAUAUGGGGAUUAAAACCAACAAAUGAACAAAAAUAGCCUUAGCUCUUCUUUUUGUUUUCUAUGGUUAUUGUUGUAUAAAAGACCUAAACUGUAAAUAAUGUAUAUUUAAUAAAGAGAGCUUUUUGUAUGAUUUUGUGUUGAAUACCAGCACCAUGUGCUAUAAUUCUUUCCAAUAUAGAAACAGACUGUGGGGGUGAUGGGAGAAUGAUAAUCCUGAAAAAUGAUUGUAUUCUGUUCUUGUGGGUGAUUAAUUCCUACUGCCCAAGCAGUGUUGUAAACAGUAAUAAAAUGUGAAGCUCCCACAACUCAA